UGUAUGCGGGGCGAAUGAAUUUUGCCUCUCACCGCCACGAAGGCCAUAUAUCUCCUCAGAUGCCCCGCAUCUUUUAAUUCUCUUCAUCAACACCUCGUGACUCCCACUUUCUUUCAAAAUGUCUAAGAUCUACGUCGGAAACCUCUCAUGGCACACCAGCGACGAGUCGCUGCGCGCCGCCUUCGGUGAGUUCGGCAACAUUGUCGACUCUAUCGUCAUGGUUGACCGUGAGACUGGUCGCUCCCGUGGAUUCGGUUUCGUCACCUUCUCUUCCGCUGAGGAGGCCGAGGCCGCCAUCAACGCUCUUAACGAGCAGGACCUCGAUGGUCGUCGCAUCCGUGUCAACCUCGCCAAUGCCCGCCCCAGCGGUGGCUUCAACGGUGGUGGUGCCGGUGGUGGCCGCUGGUAAAUGUGAUCAGUGACCCUGAAAAAGUGCGCGAUGGUUAUGCAGAACGAGAAAAACGUGAUAUAUUGACGCUUAGCGUUGGUGACGGUGCUUUGUGCGCCCCUGAGAAAUCAGUCACAAGGCAGUUACUACAGUUACUCAUGAAGUAGAUAGUAUUUUCCCUCGGUGUUUCAUAUACCUCAAAGGACAUUUGGAAUUUCAUUUC